ACUGUCACAGAGGGGGACUGACAUUACGUCACACGCAGCGGCACGGUUUCUGGGAUCGGACCGUGUGUUUAGCGAGGAGCGCAAAGUGCACUAGUGCUGAAUGUGUGUGGCGUAAGACGAUGAAAAUUCAGCGAAAAGCACUGAAAGUACACGUGUGAUAAGGGCAGCACCAGCAAUCAACCGACCGUCGCUUCCACCUCGAUAGAAACGGCAAUCAGCACCGUGCGUCAGAAUGCAUCAGCUGUACGCUGCAACCGGCAGGAUGGUGCCGAUGCUGCUGUCGCGCAGUGCGGCCCGACCCGUACCGAGUUCGCUGCGUGCCUACUCGGCCCGGCGGCCCGGCUUCUUCAGCCAGGUGGUCGACAACAUCAAGCAGGAGAUGGAGAAGAACAAGGAGAUGAAGGAGAAUCUGAAAAAGUUCCGCGAGGAAGCGCAAAAGCUCGAGCAGUCGGACGCGCUGAAGGCGGCCCGGCAAAAGUUUAACACGGUCGAGUCGGAAGCGUCCAAGAGCAGCGAGGUGCUGAAGGAGAACCUGGACAAGGUGCGCGGUCGGCUGACGGAAGCGCUGGACGAGGCGGCCCGCACCGAUCUGGCCCGCAAGGCGGGCAAGCUGGGCGAGGAGCUGGGCAAAACGGCGCGCGGCAUGGGCGAAACGCUCGCCGAGAAGGGGCAGGUGAUUGGGCAGUCCGGCGCGUUCCGGGGCAUCAGCGAGACGGCGAAGGUGGUGCGGCAGGAGAUGGACAACCAGAGCAUCGAGGCGCGGGUGUACCGCAGCCCGGAGAAGCUGCGCAAGCGGGUGGAGGUGUCGCUCGCCUCCGAUCCGUCGCGGGCGGUCGAGCCGAACGCGGAAGCGACCGGGGUCGAGCUGCACAAGGACAGCAAGUUCUACCAGUCGUGGGAGGACUUCAAGAACAACAACCAGUACGUGAACAAGGUGCUCACGUGGAAGAUGAAGUACGACGAGUCGGAAAACCCGAUGAUCCGGGCGUCCCGGCUGCUGACCGACAAGGUGAGCGACAUCAUGGGCAACCUGUUCUCGAAGACGGAGCUGUCCGAGACGCUCACCGAGAUCUGCAAGAUCGAUCCGAGCUUCGACCAGAAGCAGUUCCUGCGCGACUGCGAGAACGACAUCAUCCCGAACGUGCUGGAGGCGAUCGUGCGCGGCGAGCUGGAGGUGCUGCGCGACUGGUGCUUCGAGAGCACGUACAACAUCAUCGCGACGCCGAUCGCGCAGGCGCAGAAGGCCGGCUGCCGGCUCGACUCGAAGAUACUGGACAUAGAGAACGUCGAUCUGGCGAUGGGCAAGGUGAUGGAGCAGGGCCCGGUACUGAUCGUCACGUUCCAGACGCAGCAGAUCAUGUGCGUGCGGGACGGCAAGGGCGCGGUGAUCGAGGGCGACCCGGAGAAGGUGAUGCGGUGCCACCACGUGUGGGUGCUGUGCCGCGACCCGAACGAGCUCGACCCGAAGGCGGCCUGGCGGUUGAUGGAGAUGUCCGCCAACAGCACGGAACAGUUUGUGUAGGAGAGCCAGAGAGCGAGAACGAGAGCCCUGUAAAGUCAUCCCCCGUUUCCCCCCCCCCCCCCUCCUCCCCGCAAUGACUCGAGUCGCUAGUGUGAAUGUGUGCGUGUGCAAAGGGGUGCCAACAUAAAACAUACCUUCAAACGGACAUUCUGCGACAAACGUUCCUUUCUCAGCUGUGAUCGCACGUUGUGUUCGCACUCCCUUUGCUCAGUGUGUGUGCGUGCGUGUGUGUGCGUGAGAGAGAGAGAGAAAGUGUUGGAAUGCUUGCGUGCACUGGUGGCCAACCUAGAAGCUAUAGCGAUUUUGUAUAGGUUUUUCGUGUGCAGGCGCCAAGCGAAGGCGCUACCGCCAACGUUCCCCCGGCCAAUUGUCGGUAGUUGAAGCUGAACGGACCGACCCCGGGCUGAAGGAUCGCGGAGAGUUGAUCUUCCGCACCCGCAUGUUUGAAGAGGAAAAUGGUUCAAAUGGAAUAUCUUACGUUAUAGUGUUUAAAAAGGCUCAUUCGAUGCUGAACCACGAGCGCGGCAUGGCGGAUGGCAGUAGGCAAUAAAGCGAUGUAAAGGCCGGCGGUACGAACGAAA